AUGGACAUCCUACUAUUGCCCCUCUCUGAUGGCAACCAGAUACCGAUGGAGGUUGGAGACACAAACUUUGAACAGCGUCUUGGGUUCUACCAUCUUGAUUGCGCUGAAAUGUAUGGGACCGAAGAGGAAGUCGGUCGUGCCAUUCAAGAAUCAGGCAUUCCCCGGGAAAAGCUCUUUAUCACCAAUAAGGUCGCCCAAGACAUCGACGACAUCCAUGAAGCACUACAGGAGAACCUCAGGAAAUUGCAGACUGACUAUUUCGACCUUUAUUUAAUUCACAUUCCAUUCUUUGCCGAAUCGGAUGCCGACUUCCAGCGUGCAUGGAAGUCAAUGGAGGAGAUCAAAAGGGCUGGCAAGGCCAAGUCGAUAGGUGUAAGCAACUACUUACUCCCUCAUGCCGAGGCUACGCUGGCCGACAAUUACUUGUCGUGGCUGCGUGAGAAUGGCUUGCAAGUGGGCUCGUUCAAAGGCCUGACUCCAGCAUUCAGGGCUCCUGAUGGACCACUGCGUGAGCCCUUGUCCCGCAUUGCCAAAACGUAUGACACCACUGAGGCAGCUGUCCUUAUCAACUGGAUCAUACAGAACAAGGUUGUGGCUGUUACCACCACCACAAAGCCUGAGAGGCUAGACGAGUAUGCCCAGGCUUUAAAGAUCAAACUGACUCAGGAUGAACUACAAGAGAUCACGGAUGUAGGCUCCACAUACCACUUCCGCACCUCUUGGUCGGAGCAUUUUGAAGCAGAUGAUCGAUCAUGA